AUGCCCGUGCAGGAAUGGGCCAAGCCGGCUGGCUUUGGAUCCAACCGCGUCGGCGCUGGCGCCCUGGCCACCGUGUCCACCUGGAGCCUGGCCCAGAUCAGGGCCGGUGACGCCCUGGCCGACUACGUCAUCAGCGACCCCGCCGCGACCAGCGGCUUCAGCUGGUGCUCACACACCUUCUCGCACCAGAAUCUGGACAACGCCACCUCCUACGACACAGAGAUGCAGAUGAAGCUGAACCUGGCAAUGGCGGGGCCGGCCUUCCUCGGCCUCAGCACCAAGGCCUCCUGGAGCGGCCGCUCCAUGGUCACCCCCCAGAUCAGUGGCCUGCACAACGGCGACGCUCUCGCCGCCCUGGCUGCCAACGGCAUCACCUGCGUUACUGGCGACAACACCUGGCCCUUCCCGCUGAACGAGAAGCAGCCCUACCACAUGCUCUACACCACGGCAGCGACCAACGGUUUCGACGGCAUCGCCAUCAUGCCCAGGUUUGCGGGGAGGCCUAUUUUUAGCACCUGCCUUGACCUUGUGGUGCAAAACCUCGACCUCUACAACUUCCUCUACUUCAAGGUGUUCAACAGGGACUCCACCUUUGACGAGGUGCUGGCGCGCGAGGCCGUCAGGGUGGUGCGUGAUGGGCUGCUGAAGCUGCGCCAUGACCCCUACAUGAUGCACCAAGCCAACCUCGGUCUCGUCGACUCUUCUGGCUGCUCCCUCGUCAUGCGUUGGGUCGACGCCGUCGUGGCGGAGUUCACCAAGUACACCAAUUGGCCCCUGAGGUCUGCAAAGCUUGACGACCUCAGGGCCCUCUUUGAGGCCCGCGAGGCGCGCGAUGCUUGCAAGCUCUCAUACCAGAUCGAGACCAGCCCCUCCGGCACAGCUACGGCUGUGACAGUCUCCAGCGCUGCGGCAGCGUCCGGCGCCAAGUGCGACGCCCCGUUGAUGCUUGGGGCCGGCGUCAGCGGUGCGGCCGCGAAACAGGUCAUGAUCCCCCUGGUGUCAGGGGGCUCGGCGAGGGUGGAGCUAACAGGACAGCAGUGGAAUGCGUUCACUGUCGUGCGGCCUUGCUCACCGCCAUGCCUCAACGGCGGCGUCUGCAACACGACAGUGGGCGUUUGCGACUGCACCGGCACAAACUUUGCGGGCGCCGACUGCUCCACAGCUGGCCACGUCACUCCAUGGUGA